CUUGAGGAAGGGGCAGCAGAAGUUCUAAUAAAGCCUGGGGCCGGGAAGAUGAGCCGUCUCUUUCCCAUGGUUGGUUUGGGCGGCACAUGGAUAAUGCUUUUUCGAUUUGGUUAACGUGGGAUUGGGGAGGAAAGAAAGGGAUAUACUUUUUUUUUUUAUUUUUUCGUUUAUUUAUUUUUCUAUCCCAAAAAUGACAAACAGCUCUAUCAAUAGGAUAUAGAUUUUUAUUUUUUUAAUUUUUUUAAAUCAAAUGGAAAGAAUAACAUGUAAUAUGUGGAUGGAUGCGGAGAGUGCGAAUCAAACGUGCCAGAGCCAACUUAAUUCUUGUUGUCAUCCGAACCGCAGAGGAGACGGUCGAGGUUUCUCCCGUAUUAUUUUAUUCUCAUACACGAUAAUUGGAUUAUAUAUAUCCGGUUUUCUUUAUUUUAUAUUUGUAUAUGCGGCCGAGUAGAAUCCAUAAAUACAUAGAUAUGAUUUCUGCUGCCGCUGCUUCCUCGCAUCCCAAUCGUCGGGCGGCACGGAGCGUGGUUCCCUUUCCGACACGAUCUCUCUCCCAUCUGAGAGCUUUUUUGCCACAGGCUCCGUGCUAGGUUUUGGAUUUCGGAAGAUGGAAGCUAAGGCCUGAAGGAAAGAGCGGAGGGGGAGAACUAAAAAUUACAGGAGGAAUAGAGGAAUAGAGAAAGAGAGGAACGGAGGGGGUGAGAAGUGGGAGAAGAGGAGCCAGACAGAGUGACGAGAGAGGGUGCCUCCCUUUCUAGGAAGAAGAGUUACUGAGAGGAAAAGGGAGGGAAGAGAUCUAGCUUUGUUUCUGCUUGGGCUUCUCGGUGGAGGAACAGAUUACGAAGGCCUCUGCAAGAAACGUUUUUUUAGAAGGCGUAGGAGGCUAAAAGAAGGAUCUUCGCAACAAGAAUAGCAGGAGGAGAAAGAGGAUGUGGGACCUCAACGACUCGCCGGAUCCGAUGAGGAGGGACGCGGCCUUCCCCUCCGACAAGGAGGACGAGGCGGAGACCUCCUCCCCGAAGAACGCCGCCACCGACGACAAGGGGAAGGGGCCGGAGUCCCCCUCCACUGCCGACAACGACGACUCCAGCUCCUCCGCCCUCGUCGCCGAGGCCUCCGACGAGGCCGAUGGGGACGGAUGCCGGAGGAUAUUCGGGUUCUCGGUCGGCGGCGACGGCCGCUGCUCCGGCGAGAGCGAACCCGCCAUCGUGACCCACCAGUUCUUCCCGGCGGAGGAAGCGGGCGGGAGGGGGAGCGGCCGGGCGGAGGGUCCGCUGCUGCGGGCUCAUUGGGUUGGGGUCAAGUUCUGCCAGUCGUCGGAGACGGCCGCCGCCGGGAAGGCUAUGGGCGCGUCGCGGCCGAUGAAGAAGAGCCGGAGGGGACCCAGGUCCAGGAGCUCGCAGUACCGAGGGGUCACAUUCUACCGGAGGACCGGCCGCUGGGAAUCCCACAUCUGGGACUGUGGAAAGCAAGUCUAUUUAGGUGGAUUCGACACUGCCCAUGCUGCGGCUCGAGCAUACGACCGAGCGGCCAUCAAGUUCCGCGGGGUAGACGCUGAUAUAAAUUUCAAUCUGGAGGACUAUGAGGAGGACAUGAAACAGGCGAGCAAUCUCACAAAGGAGGAAUUUGUUCAUAUACUUCGUCGCCAGAGCACUGGAUACCCCAGAGGGAGCUCAAAAUACCGAGGCGUCACCCUGCACAAGUGUGGAAGAUGGGAGGCCAGAAUGGGUCAGUUCCUGGGGAAAAAGUACGUGUAUUUGGGCCUCUUCGACACCGAAGAGGAGGCUGCAAGGGCUUAUGAUAAAGCCGCAAUCAAGUGUAAUGGAAAGGAUGCGGCGACCAACUUUGAUCCGAGCCUCUAUGCCGAUGAGCUCGGUGCUGCAGCCGGCCGCAGCGACCAUGAUCUGGAUCUGAGCCUGGGGAAUUCGAGCUCGAAAAGGAGUGGCGGCCUCGAGCUGAUGGCUGAUGAUAGCCAGGGGGGGGCGGAUCAGCGUGUUCCUGUGGCCUUCGAGCCGGGCUGGAGGGCUAGCAUGCCAAGCACCAGGCCUGAGCCUGAUGGCAAGUUUAAGCGAGCAGAAGCAGCAGCCACCAGGAUCAAUUUCCCUCUCGAUAAUGCCUACAAGCAGUUCCCAGGUCUACCCUGCGAGAUGUACAAAUACUCUCAAGCAAGGAGGAAUGGAGAUGCUGUGCCCGCCACUUUCCGGAUCAUUCCUCAGCAGUUCAAUUCUGCUGGUUAUCAUCAAUUUCUGGACAGCAACGGCAACCGCAACAGCAACAGCAGCUUCGGAGCGAGGACUGGAGGAGGGGGUCUUUAUUUGGCUAUACGUGGCGAGCAGCAGCAGCAGCAGCAGCAGAGACAGUCGAAUUGGAGUAAUCGCGGUAGUAUUUGUUCGCCGCCACAGCUGCAGCAUCAUCAGGAUUCUCACCACAGAUGGUAAAACAGGUUCUACUCCCAGACGAAACCCACCGGAGACAUAAUAUUCUCCAUCACCACCGACCGGCUGAUCCAUUUAAAUCCCCCUUCUCUGCCGCUAAAAUGGCCUUCCCAUUGUUUGUGCUUUUAGUCACCUACUACCCCAAAUGAAACCUUCGUCUAUGCCACUUGUAAACGGGACAUCUCCCAUCAUUGCUCUAUGAGAGAGAGAAAGAGAGCUGGGUAGAGGUGAGAAUUGAAGAAUCGGUACUUUUUGGAUGGUUAGCUUGCUCGAAUUUUCUUUUUUUUUGCACUUUCUGUUUACCAAUAUCAGUGAGCAGUUAUACUCGGUCUUUGUCACCCGAGCUUAAUAAGUUCGAUCUCGUGUUGUAUCAUUUAUGACUCAGCAGGGUGUGAGGAGAAUAUGACAAAGUGGGAUUUGGUUCCUA